GGAGCAUGUUCAUCCCUCUAUAGACCAUAGUGUAAAUUUGGGUCUUCAAACGAGAUUCGUAGCUUCAAAGUUCCAACUUUCUUGGAUUGACUAACACCGCAGGGAAGCUCAAAAAUUAGCACAGUAAAACGCCAGUCUCAUCGGACGGCCAUACGAGCUGACCCCACCAUCCUACGGCUUGGAUUGAAAGGGUAGUUGUGGGGCUCUAGGGAAAAUCACGGAACUGAGUCACGAGCGCACCGUAUGCGCGGAGCGAUUCCAGAAUCCAGACUUGCAGUAGUGCCCGUGGCGGAAGCAAGAACUGUGUUGGCCGCCGGAAUUGUCGGGGAUUACUUUGAAAUUAUAUUGGCAAGUUGCGCGCACUUCCCGGAGCUUCACGAGGAUGAUGAGGUCUGCGAAGAGUCAUCAAGAAGAGGAGGAAGACGAGGAAGAGGAAUUCGGUGCCAAAAAAGAGGGUCCGUCCAAUAAUAAAGAGGUGAAAAGUAAUGAUCAGAAAGCAAAUGCCAUACGUUCAAAACAUUCUGUCACAGAGCAGCGUAGAAGGAGCAAGAUAAAUGAGAGAUUUCAGAUUUUAAGAGAUCUUAUUCCCCAUAGUGACCAAAAGAGAGAUACAGCAUCAUUCCUCUUAGAGGUGAUCGAGUAUGUACAAUUUUUACAGGAAAAGGUACAAAAGUUUGAAGGGUCAUACCAAGGGUGGAGUGCAGAACCUACAAAGUUGAUGCCAUGGAGAAACAGUCACUGGCGCGUUCAAAGUCUUGUUGGCCACCCUCAAGCCAUGAAGAAUGGUUCUGGUCCAGGGUCUACAGUUUCUGGGAAGUUUGAUGAGAAUAACAUGAAUAUUACCCCAUCAAUGCUUGCAAAUGCGCAGAAUCCCUUAGACUUCGAUCCUAGUAGGGAUGCUGCUGCCAAAGUGAUGGACCAGCAACCUGAGAUAGCUAACAAGGCAAUAGCCAUAACCAUGCCUUUGCAGGCUAAUAUGCCUGCUGUUCAGGGUGACAGCAUGCUUGUGAAUCCUAUGCAAAGGCCAGUUUCUGAUGCACAAUCAGCAGAGUGCCACAUCAACAGCAAUACACUGAAUCAACAGGAGGAGCUGAUGAUCGAAGGAGGCACAAUUAAUAUCUCAAGUGCUUACUCUCAAGGGUUAUUGAGUAAUCUGACACAAGCACUGCAGAGUGCAGGUGUGGAUCUGACACAGGCCACCAUUUCAGUGCAGAUUGACCUUGGGAAGCGGGCAGAUAGGAUACUGACCUGUGGGACAUCCAUUGCUAGGGAUCAUGGAAAUCCCCCUUCUAGCAGUCGAGCAAUGAUGCAUCUUAGGGAUGCUAGCAGCGGUGAGGACUCUGAUCAAGCUCAAAAAAGGCUGAAGACAUAAUGCUAGUAUGGCAUUUCUGAAAGUCUGUUUUCUGUUAGAUUUCUUUCUUUCUUCUGUUUUCUGUUAGAUUUCUUUAUUUCUUUCUUUCUUUCUUUUUUUUUUAGGUCUGGCCCAUCAAUUUUCUGUUCCCUGCUCUCUACUUCUGUUGAUUGUGCCAUCUCUUGGUUAUUGUACAUGCCAUACUUCUUGUUUUACUCGUUUUUCAGCCAUUGUUGCAGGUUCAUGUUACAAGAUGUUUCCUUUCUCUUUAUGCAGUUGCUCAUUUGUACUUCUUCACUAUGGCUGCUGCCUUGCCUGUCUUUACGCUACUAAAAUAUAAUAAAAUAACUACAGUUCUCAGUAAA